AUGUCGAGCGUUGCAAAUGAGCUACCCUAUUCCCUGCGACAACAGAUGAGUCGACCGGAGGAAAGGGCCGGUUUUGAAGGCUGGUGGAACCAAAGUAGCUUUUCCGACUCGGCGGCGGGCAGGCUCGCUGAGCCAGUUCAUGAUCUGGGCGUGGCCUCGGUCAUUGAUGAGAAGGACAAAGCCUCGUUAAAGGAAGCUAUCGAGCAGUAUUUACAUUUGGAACAACCAGGGCAGUCGUCGUUCUUUGUCGACUUCAACUUGGAUGAGUGUUCUUGGGAGCAGGUCUUUGAUGAAGUCUGGCAUGCAAAGGAGGUAUACGAGAAGAAAGCCACGAGAAACCCAUUCAGAAGGUGUCUCCGCCACGGUCAUGGGUUCCAACGAAACGUCAAGCCCUUGACAGAAGCUGUACCCGGAGAGAAUGGGAUGGGUCUCAUCAAAGGGGCUAUGCAGAUUGUCCUCAAUGCCGUCCAGAGGAGGACAGUCACGUGCGAGAAGAUAUUCGAGCUAUUCGAGUCCAUUCCACGAUGCGUGCGCCACGCAGAGUGUCUGCAAGACAUACAUCGCAAUAAUCACGCGCUCAAUAUUGCACUGCGAGAUCUGUAUCUCGCACUCGUCAGGUGUCUGCCCUCUCUGAUUAGGAUACUCCUCCGGGAGGAACCCCACUCACCUUUGAAGAAACUCAGCAACACCUUUCUCAAAGAUUCAGCGGCUCAAGUGGACCAGCUGCUGUUGCCAGUCAAACAGUCUGAGGCACGGUUGGAGGAGUGUCAGCGAGAAUUACUCUCGCAAGGCGUCGUGCAAACCGUCGAACUGUCGCAUAUCUCUCUGGAAAAGCAUGAUGCCACUCGUGAGCAGCUGGAGUUGGUGACAAGGAAGCUGACGGAGGUACAAGAGACGCAGACGAACCUGCCAAAUGCUCUCAAGGACACCCUUGAGACUUUCAAGACUACGCUACACAAUGAGUUUGUGCAACACAUGAAGAAUCACGUGUACAUUGUCGUACAAGAUCAGAUACGCAUGAACACUUUUUUCCAAGCGCAAGCACAGCAAGCAGCUGCAUAUAUCAGCAGUCCAAGAACGGACCCAAGAAUGGAUCUUCUCGAAAGUCUGUGUGAUUCGCGCGAGAGGGCUGCGCCGGCAGAAGAUCGCGCAUCCGUCCUGCGGAAAUAUCAUCAAUUCAAAGCCAAGGCUCUAGCACGCGCGAAUCAGCUCAUGUCCAAUGCUCGCUUUGGGGAAUGGGUCGGGGUGCUUCAUUCCGAUAUCAUACUUGUCAAUGGUCAUUCCGGAGGGGACACCAUUGGAAGCACAUCGCCGUUGUCAGUCUUCUGUGCGGGUCUGACCGACACCUUUGGAGCUCCUGGCCAGAAUUCACUGCCUCAGUCGCCCUUCAUCAUCGUGGAGUUCUUUUGUGGCCAUCAUGCGACCGAGUCUAGCGGGCUCGAAGGACCUCAAGGGAUGAUGCGAAGCCUGAUCAGCCAGGCUCUCUGUCAAUGGCCAGGAAAUGUACCCCUGAACCUGCAGCCGCGCCGUCACGAGAACUUCUCCGAGGCACACGGUUGGUCCUUAUCGGCCUUGUGUGAGCUCUUUGAAACCAUCAUCUGUCAGUUGCCGCGGGAACUACCCGUCUGGUGCAUCAUUGACAACAUAUCGUAUUUUGAAACCAGUCUGGAUGGUUGGGACCAGGAGCUGGAAGUCAUUGUUGCGUCAUUCGAAAGAUUCGUCCACGUUGGCAAACGAACGGGUGCUAUCUCAGCACCUGUCAAGAUCCUGCUCGCGGCAGGGAGCAGGAGUCUGCACAUCUGGGACAUGCUGCCGUCGGACGCAGAGAUCAAUAUCCGAGACGGCGGGGUCUUUGCGCGUACUCACGGGCUGGACAGUUUCCGCUCGUCACUUCUGGGAGAAUAG